AUGAUGAUUGGGUUCGGAGAUGUGGUGAAAUGCAACUCUGAUGGUAGUUUUCUGGACUUGGAUCAGAGGAUAGCUGGUGGUGGGGUUAUUCGCGACCACCAUGGCAAAUGGGUGGCGGGCUGCUUCUCUGGGGCGACGGGAGACAAUGAGUUUAGAGCCGAGGCUGUGACACUGCGGGAUGUUCUCCGUUUAGCUUGGCACCGUGGCUUCCAACGUGUUAUCUGCGAAGUUGAUUAUGCGGUUCUUGUGAGCACCUUAGCUGAUAUACCAGCCAUUCAUAGGCAUUCUGAGUUUCCUGUGUUGUACACCAUUCAUCACAUGUUGAGGUGGGUGUGA